CCAGAUAUUUCUGCGGCUGCGCGUGGAUGAGGCCGCGUAUGAGGCACUUGUCAAGUUGAGGCUACUGGAAGAUACACAAUACGACCCGCUGCAUACCUUUUUUUUAAAAGUAGAUAUACAUAUUUCAGUUUUAGCCAUGAAUCCUGAUAUUUUGAAAGAGCGGAAAAGCGCCACUUUUGAUGUGGGGAUUCUGACCAACAUUUUGGAUGGAGGCCCAGAAAAAACAAGAAGAAGGCGAGAAAUUGAGUCAAUGGUUCUCAGUGAUCCAGACUUCAAGGAGGAGAAUCCAAACUUCCUGUCCCGCAGUGAGCGCUACGAUCAGGCUGUUAGGAAAAGUGCCUGCAUGAUCCAGAAGCUCAGAGAGUAUGGUAUCGCAGACCCUGAGGAGAUCUAUCACUAUAAGAACUGUGUGCACCCGGACAGGCCGGAGCCCCUGGAUCUCCAUCUGGGGAUGUUCCUGCCCACACUGCUCAACCAGGCCACUCCUGAACAAAUGGAUCGCUACUUCAUGCCCGCCUGGAACCUAGAGAUCAUCGGCACCUAUGCUCAGACUGAGAUGGGCCACGGCACUCACCUCAGAGGACUGGAGACCACCGCCACAUAUGACCCAGCCACACAAGAGUUUGUCCUGAACAGUCCCACAAUCAGCUCCAUCAAAUGGUGGCCAGGAGGACUUGGAAAGACCUCUAACCAUGCCAUAGUUCUGGCCCAGCUUUACACUAUAGGAAAGUGUCACGGUCUGCAUGCCUUCAUCGUACCACUUCGCGACAUGAAAACACAUGUUCCCCUGCCAGGUAUUGUGGUUGGAGAUAUCGGCCCAAAGUUCGGCUUCAAUGAGGUUGACAAUGGCUAUCUGAAACUAGAGAACAUACGAAUCCCACGCGAUAACAUGCUGAUGAAAUUUGCCAAGGUGGAGCCAGAUGGAACUUAUGUGAAGCCACCAAGUGCUAAACUCACCUAUGGCACUAUGGUGUUCAUCCGCUCCAUGAUUGUGGGCGAGUCAUCUCGAGCUCUCUCAAAGGCCUGCACCAUCGCCAUCCGCUACAGCUCUGUCCGUCACCAGUCUGAAAUACGGCCAGGGGAACCAGAGCCCCAGAUCCUGGACUACCAGACACAGCAGUACAAGCUGUUCCCUCUACUGGCUACGGCCUAUGCCUUCCAUUUUGUUGGCCAGUAUAUGAAGGAGACCUACCAUCGCAUCACAGGAGAUAUCAAUGAUGGCGACUUCAGUGAACUGCCCGAGCUCCAUGCACUGUCUGCGGGUCUGAAGGCCUUCACAACAUGGGAAGCCAACUCUGGCAUUGAGGUGUGCCGUAUGUCAUGUGGCGGCCACGGCUACUCCUGCAGCAGUGCCUUGCCAGACAUUUACGUUCAGUUUACGCCUACGUGCACCUACGAGGGAGAGAACACAGUCAUGAUGCUGCAGACCGCAAGAUACCUGGUGAAGAGCUACAGGCAGGCAAAGGCAGGCCAGCAGCUGAGUGGCAUCGUGUCCUACCUAAAUGAAGCACAGCAUCGCAGGGUCCAGCCCCAGCCCGUCGCUGCCAGACCAACUGUGGUGGACAUUAACGACCUGGCUAGCCUGGUGGAGGUCUACAAACUGCGAGCCGCCAUUCUGGUAGAACUGGCAGCUAAGAGCAUCCAGCAGGAGUUGCAGCGCAGGAGGAGCCAGGAGGAUGCCUGGAACAACAGUGCCAUCGACUUGGUCAGAGCCUCAGAUGCCCACUGUCACUAUGUUGUUGUGAAGCUCUUCGCUGACAAGCUGCGUAAUAUCAGUGACACCGGAGUGCACUCAGUGAUGUCCACCCUGGCCCUGCUCUAUGCCCUGCAGGGCGUCACAAAGAACUCUGGAGACUUCCUUCAGGCUGGACUGCUGAGCGUGCCCCAGGUGCUGCAGUCCUCAGUUCGUAUCAAGGAGCUGCUGUCUCAGCUGAGGCCAAAUGCUGUGGCUCUGGUAGACGCCUUUGAUCACAAUGACAAGAAGCUCAAUUCAGUCCUUGGACGAUAUGAUGGGAACGUCUAUGAGCACAUGUUUGAGUGGGCUCGAAGCUCACCCCUGAAUGCCACAGAGGUCCACGAGUCCUUCUACAAGUACCUGAAGCCCCUGCGCUCCAAACUGUGAGCUGACCAUUGCACCUUAAUUCCUGGUUCCUAAACUCUGCUUAUAUAGACCCCACCUUAACAGCUUUUACCAUCCCUUUGAUGGUCUUCAUUCACCAUCAUCUUGAAGGAAUUUAACCUUCUCUACUCAACUCACUAACUAUAUGUGGUCAAACUGAACAUCACAGUCAGCCACUCUACAGUUCUCAGUGUACUAAAAUGUUUGCAGGUUGGGUGAUUGAGGGUAAUGGGAGGAGGCGUACACUGGGCUACAACAAGGGGGGGGACAUGCUAAAACAAUCUGAGGACUUAGUCAUUAUGGAUGGAAUCUCAACAAAAUCAGUUCUGAAAUAAUAUCAAAAUAUUUCAUAGGGGGUCCUUUUGAGCCCAAAUGAUAGCUUAAAAAAACCAAAUAAUACAGAUUUAGAUUGCAGGAUUAUUUUUAGAUACAUUUUGUUAGCAUCCAUUUCCCCCAGUCUUAUCUUCAGUUGCUGCUGGGUGCCUAAAAGCUCCACUGUGUGAGCCAGUCUAGAUGGAAAUGCCUUCUCUAUUUUUCCUAAAAAGUACAGAAUGUAUCUAUGAACGUUACAUAAUGUUGGAGCAUUAUGACUAGCGCAAAAUUGUGUUGUUUCCCCUGACAACAAGGACCAACAUGAUAUCUAAAAAGUCACUAUGCUGUUUUUGUAACUUUCAAUAAAGAGACAUUCAUUUUACUGAUGAUAAUUGAUGCUAGCACAAAGACGACUCACACUGCUGCUGCAAUUUAUAUUUGUGGAAAGCCCCUUACCCUCUUAUACAUUUAAUUACUGUGUAGUUCAACUGACUUACUUACUUACUGCCGUAGUUUAAAUUGGAUAAACAGUCUCAUAACUUAGUGUAGUGGUCUUUUAAAAUAUCAAGAGAAGAUAUACUUUUAUGUAAAAUACAUCUGUUUAUACUGUUGGUAGACAAAACCUUUGCAUGUCCAUCAAUUUCAACAUCUUCAGUACAAAGAACUAUGACAAUUACUAUGAAAGUAUAAGUCAAAAAACACUGUACCAAACUGUACCUCAAGUCUUUAGUUGAUAUCUGAUAUAAAAUGUAUGAUUUAACAUCAAACAUUCUCCUUGUGCAGAAUAUAGAGCUUUCAGGUGGGAGGGUUUUUUUCCUUUGUUGAGAGAACAAUGGCUGUCUUCAGUUUCUAAUUCAUGAGGUACAAAGUCAUAAUGCUAUAACAUUUUACAAGACGGAUAAAAACUAUAAUGAAUUAGCUGUAAAGUUGCUGUAACUGAAUCAAACAGAUGAAGCAAUCUGAACUUUAUCCAGUUCUCACCACUUGACAUGUCUUGUCCUCUAUCAUGAAUAACUUUAUCAUACCCAUAAUCCACUCCACAGAGACAGCAGUUUCUGUGUUCGAUCAUGAGAAGGACAGAUUAUUGAUUAUUCUGUGUCCUCAUGUUUCUGAUUGUGUUUGUGAGACUGAAGGCUUUUUGUAGAUCAUGAAGAAGAAUGCCAAAAGCACUUUUAAGGAUGGCUAGUAUUCAUUUCUGACAGUAAUGGCAUGUGAAAUGGGGCCACAUGUCCACUGUACAUGAGUGUUAGUGUUCUCCCUCCCUGUUGUGGGGGUUAACCCUAACCUUGUUAUUAAGAAGUGAAGGGUCGUAACCUCGGCCAACUCCUUCGAAUAAUUUUUUUUAAAUCAAAAACAUUUCAAACUACAAAACUACAGCGAGACAACUGUUCGUAUGUUCUGAUGUUAAAAGCAUGCUGCCUAAUUGUUAAAUGCAAACUGGAUGUUUUCUUUUAGAUUAAUGCUUCCCUGUUUUUUACAUAAAGAAAACAGACAUUGUAAAUUAACUUAGCAGGCAGUGAUGCAAGAGAUUUCAGAAAAUCAUUAUAUUUUAUCACAGGGCGACCCAAUCUAACUGAAUGGCUGAUGAUUGUAAGUGAUAAAAGAUUUAUUCAGAAAGAUGUUGCAAAGUAAUGACUGUACAAUGAAGAGCUUUGAUCUAAGCCGCACUGUGAACUGUAAAGAUGAUCAUGGGAUAAAUAUGUGCCUAACAAUGUUUUCUUUAUCAUACCAAUGUAGAGUAUUAAUUUACAAUGCUCAUAGCUUUUGUGUUUUUGUAUGACCUUAAACAGUUGAUUUCUUUAAAGAGGGCACAAUAUGUAAUGACUUACAUGUGUAACACAUUCGUUUGUUGAUAUACAUUGUUGAAUAAUGUUGAUUUGUAUUAUGAUUUUAAUGGUUGUUUAAUAAUUUGACCUGUAAGUUAAAUUAAUAAAUAUAUAAUAAUCAGUG